AUGGCUGCCCAUCGAAUCAUCAGUAUGACCAGCAACAAUCACUUCCUCCCUCGUUGCAAGUCUGAGGGAAUGCUUGUGGAUCUCAGCGAGGGGAGGCCAGCCAGCCUUCCUCAAGUCAGAGUGCCUUCUCCGAGUGCCAUAAAGCUGGAUACAUUGGCCUCCUAUGGGGCAGCACAGGAAGUCGUCGCAAUCAAGGAUUAUUUCCCUAGAAGUUUAACUACUCUGAAAAUUAACAAAGGUGAUCGACUUUUUGUUCUGGACACAUCAGACUGCGAGUGGUGGUACGUGCACAAUAACAGAGAGAUGGGAUACAUCCCUGCAUCUUGUGUCCAAUUACUUAAGUUCAGGAAUUGUUCGCUCAGUGACAGUGGAAUGAUUGACAGUCCCGGAGAUGAAGAAGAAGGCCUGAAGGAGUUUGAAGGGUUAAGCGAGUGGACAGGUGUGACUUUAAAAUCUUUCCCUACAAACUACAACUACCUCUUUUCUGAUAGUCCUUUAAUUCAUCCAUUGGAUCAGCAUUGCAAAGGACCAAUUUUACCAAAUUCAUCUGAUAUGAUUCUUUGUGACUCAUUUGAAUAUCAAAGCAACAACAACUUUGACGCUACGACUAUCAAGUUUAAUGGCCAAAGCAGUUUUCCCAACAAAGAAGCAGUGCAGCAUCUCCACAAGGAAAACCCUCUCUUAAGCAGUAAACGUUCCCAGAGUCUUUCCCAACUAGCUGUUCUAAAAGCACAAUCAAAUCCAAACAUCCCAUCAUCUAGUUUCUUUACAGGCCUGAAGGCACCUUCACCUGAACAGUUUCAGAGCCGUGAGGACUUCAGAACAGCGUGGCUGAACCACCGAAAGUUGGCCAGGUCGUGCCAUGACAUAGAAUCAUUGGGCCAAAGUCCCGGGUGGGGUCAGACUCAACCAAUGGAGACCAGCAUUUUAUGUCGAUUAGAUAGCAAUGGAGGUGUGAUCCAGCUCCCAGACACCAACAUCACCAUGCACAUUCCUGAAGGUCACAUUUGCCAAGGCGACCACCAGCAGAUCUCCAUGAGAGCCUUACUGGAUCUUCCUCUAGAGCUCAACAAUGAUCGUUGCUCCACUGUCAGCCCUGUGGUGGAGAUCAAGCUCAGUAAUAUGGAGACUAAGUCUUUCGUCACUUUGGAGAUUAAAGUAUCAGUCAUGAUCAAGAAGGAGUGUGGUAAUUCUGCUGAGGUGCUCUGUGUUCGGAGCAAUUGCAAAGAUGGGCCUUAUACGCCAGUUCCUGGCUGCUACAUUUAUAACGACAUGGUCCAAGUGCGUCUGGACAGUCUUGAGCCGUGCAUGUACGUAGCAGUUGUGGUUCAGUCACUGUAUAUCAGUCACAGUGUGACUGUGUGGGAUCACACACAUAGGAAGAUAACACUUGGUGUUUAUGGACCAAAGCACAUCCACCCUUCCUUUAAGACAGUCGUGGCCACGUUUGGGCAUGACUAUGCGCCCAAGACCUUGCUGGUGAGCGAGGUGGGUCACUCAUCUUACUCCACCCCACCAGUUACCCUCCAGUUGUGGGGAAAACAAAACUUUAUCUUGGAGUUGCCCCAGGACCUUCAUGUGGAGCUGUACCCCAAUGUAUCCAACUAUCAGGUAGAAGCCAGCGAAGGUGCUGGUAUGAUCCAGGGAUUCCAACUUAGAUUGGGCAAGGUCAGCCGACUCAUCUAUAUGAUGUCAUCGCUUGACCCUAAUAACAUCUCAGAUUUCACUCUCAGGGUGCAAGUCAAGGACACACUGAAUUGCAUCCUCACCCAAUUCUGCGUGCAAUCACCACAACCACUGCCAAAGUCUGGAGUGAGGAUGACCGGCCAGAGGAGAUUCUUGAAGAAAAGAGAGGUGGACAUGAUCACCCUGUCGCCAUUGGCUGUUACCUCUAAAUACCCGAAAUUUCAGGACCGCUGUAUUACCAGCCUGAAAUUUGGCAAGCUGAUAAAAACUGUAAUCCGGCAGCACAAGAGCAAUUACCUGUUGGAGUACAAGAAGGGGGAUGUAAUUGCUUUGCUCACUGAGGAGAAAAUUAAGCUAAGAGGGCAGUUGCGCACAAAAGAGUGGUACAUCGGAUACUAUCAGGGGAAAAUGGGGCUGGUCCACACCAAGAAUGUUUUGGUUUUGGGGAAGGUCAAACCCAUUUAUUGGUGUGGGCCAGACCUGACGACGAUGACGCUGCUGGAGCAAAUCCUUAAGCCGUGCAAAUUUCUUACAUAUGUUUAUGCCACUGUUAGAACAGUUCUGAUGGAGAAUGUGGGAAACUGGAGAGCAUUUGCUGAUGCGCUGGGCUAUGGGAACUUGUCACUCAACUACUUCUGUCGAACUGAGCUUGACAAUGAGCCUGAAAAGGUUGCAUGUGUUCUGGAAAAACUCAAAGAAGAGUGUACUUGUAUGGAGAAUAAGGAGAGAAAGUCGUUCCAGAGGGAGCUCAUGAUGGCCUUGCUCAAGAUGGACUGCCAGGGUCUGGUUGCCAGAUUGGUUCUGGACUUUGUCCUUCUGACUACGGCAGUGGAGGUGGCAUCCCGCUGGAGGGAACUUGCAGAAAAACUGGCCACGGUAUCCAGACAGCAGAUGGAGGCUUACGAGGCACCGCAUCGUGAUAAAAGUGGCGUGCUGGACAAUGAGUCGAUGUGGAAACCAGCAUACGACUUCCUGUUGACUUGGGCAGCGCACGUAGGGGACAGCUACCGCGAUGUCAUCCAGGAGCUCCACAUGGGCCUGGACAAAAUGAGGAAUCCCAUCACUAAGAGGUGGAAGCACCUGACUGGUACACUCAUCCUUGUCAACUGCCUCGACAUCCUGCGGAGUGCUGCCUUCUGUCCUACUGGCUACGGCGAUUUUGCCAUAUGA